ACAGGCGGCGCCAAGGAGCUUAAAUGUGUGUAACUCGCAGGCAGGAGAGAAAAUGACGAAAGUUCCCCAGGGAUUUGAUUUCAGUUUCUUAAACGAGGAAGAAGCCAGGCAGAUCCUCCAGGUACUGGAAAGAAACGAGGAACUCCAGAGGGCAGAGAAGUACAGGAUCAGCAAACUUCAAAGGACAAAGAGGGAUAUCAGAUGGCUCCAAGGAGUGACUGGUGAAUGGUUUGAAGAAAUUCAAAGAAAGAAGUUUUGUAAUGAAACAGAUGUUAGCCAAAUGUUAAAACCACCACUUACAUACAGGCUAAGGAAGGAGAUGGCAAAAAAUGAUCCUAUGGAAUUGCAAGCAUCAAGAUCUAAAGCCCCAGCAAAUCACAAACUGUCUGUUCCUUCUCGAAUGAGCUUCCGGUCAUCAUUUGCUUCCCUGUUCUCAUUCAGAAAAUCUGGGAAGGAGACUUUGAAGCCUCAAUCUCAGAGACAGAAAGGAAGUGAUGGCCAUGUAGGACUUCCUAUGUCUGUGAGGAGAACAACUAUGCAGGCAAAAAUAUACAAUUCUCCAGUGGAAAAUCAACCAGUUGACAGUGUGUUUGUCCCUAAGCCAACCAUUAUGAGGGAAGAGAGUGGCAUGCCUCCUCCAUGGGAUGCUUCCCUGCUAGAAAAUGAAUUUUUCCAAGUUUUAGAUGACUUGGAUAGUCAGCUCUCUCAGGAACAAUCUACAAGCUCACUGAGCAGUAGAAUGCCUUUCGACUAUGCAUCAAGGACACAGUUCCAUCAUUCUUACUCCAGGGAGAACAGGCAUGGAAAUACCCUGAGGAGACACAAAGAUCACCAUCAUGAAACUUCCAAUAUGUCCAUCUAUGACAUCCUCAGACCAGGAACUCCAAGAGAAGGUUUUAAAACCUUUUCUCCCAGGACAAGGGCAAUUUAUGAUAUGUACAGGACAAGGGAGCCCAGAGUCUUAAAAGAAGAUUUUAUGCCCAAUAAUACUUUUGGUAGUACAUCUCUGUGUUUUGACAGCAGACAGCGAUCAGCCUCACCAGCCAUGGGACAUUUCACUGCAAGGAGCUUACAUUUUCCAGCCACAUCUCAGAGCAAGAGUAGUUUUAUACCAGCAAGCCAUCAGCAGAGCCCAAAGAGAACUCCUUUAUCAUCCAUCAUAUGGAAUAGUUCAGAUUCUACUGGAGACAGGCAGACCCAAGACAGCUUCUUGAAAACACCACCACCAAUGGAUAUCGACCCUGCUGACCAGUAUAUGUAUACUUGCCCUUUUCAGGAGAGUAGGAGGUAUGAAUUGUAUCAUUCAUCAAAUGCUUAUCAGAGUGUUCCCAUGGAUAAAGCCACAAGUCCUGACACAUUGGAGGACUCAGAGAAUAUGCCAUUCUACCAUCAAGACAAGCCACGUUCAAGAUCUUUCUUUAGCAAUCCCUUUAGAAGAUGCAGAGAACAGAGAUUUGGACCAAGUUCUCUUUGGAGCCAACAGGAAGGACAUACUUCCUGGUCUGACUUCCAUCAAGGUAGGAAACCAUUCGCUUCUUUUGACAAAGACUUUGAAAUGAUUUCUGUUGAAGCAAAUAAUAUCCCAUUGGCUCAUGGCCUUGGUUCCCCAUUGCAGCACUGGGGACCAUCUUCUCCUACUUAUGGAACGUAUAUUUUUAGAGGGCAGGAAGAGCCACAUCGCAGGCAAUCUGAUUUUCAGGUGUCCUCCCUGGAGAACAUGGAGAUAGCACAUGCUAAUUUGAACCAGUCACCUCCCCAUUUAGACACAUCAAAUGUUUUCUCCAUGGCUGAUUCAAGCUGCCACACCCAGUCUUCUGGUUUGGAGUAUCAACAGGACAGUUCUCCUACAGAAGUUCAUAUCAACAAGGAACCCCACUCACUUGGCAUUGCUCAGACUCUAACACCCUCAUUCAAAACUUCUUUUCCCUUGAUUCCUGAUGAUAAAGGAACUUCUCAGAGACCUAACUUUCAGGACCCCAAGGAUACUCUGCAGAAAGUUAUUCCAAAUAAGCCAGACUUCCUUCCAAUAAGAAGUUGUACAGGAGUUACUGUGGCCAGCAGUGAUUUUGCGCAAUCUCAGUCUCUUACUGAAACCCAGCUCAACAUCCCAGGCACAGAAAUGAAUAAUGAGAAAGACAUAAAUGAAUCAGUUUCAGAAAGCAAACAGCCGUGUUUGGACCAGACAAACAAGACAGGUGGAACACCCAAGCCUGUUUCACAGAUCAUGGUUACUAACCCUUCACCUAAUUUUCAACAGUCUCUCUCCCAGGACUCAGCCCACCUCGACAGGCUUUGUGAUAAUAUAUCUGAUACAGUAAGUUCCAGAAGGUCACCCAGAGUCUUUCCCAGGAAAGGUGGUUCCCAAACUUUCAUAUUACAAAGAGAUAAAGACACUGAACCUAAAACAGAUGAGCGUGUUCCUGGGAAUGGGAAAGUUGGCUCAGCAACUUUGCCAUCUUUUCCCAGCCCAAAUCAAAGUCUUCACCAGGAAUCAACAUCAAGUCAUAAAGACCAUUCAAGUAUUAUUAACCAUAACCAGCAGUGCUCUGAACCCACAGAGAAUCAAAAACUACAGUCUCCACAAGAGCCUGCAGUUUCAGAUUCCUCACCAGCAGAUCAUUCUUUCCUCAAUGCUCUUGUUCCUUCUACUACAGUGUUCUUCAGGAGAAGCCCUACAGGCAAAGACCCAUCUCUGGAAGAAGGAGAAGGAAAAGAUAGUGUUAGCAAGAGCCAAAACAAGUACCCUCUACCGCCCUCGGUAAGCCAAAAGAGCAGUGACAGCCCACUGCCUGUACAUGAUGAAGGAGCUGAUGUGGUCAAAGGCUAUUCUCCCUUCAGAAAUGCAAAGGGAAAAGGCAGAGUGAGACAUCGUAUAUCCUGUAUUGAAAAGCUAAGCAAAAUGGAAAGUCAGUCAACACCCAUGAGUGAAGACAGGAGCAUUCUUCAGGAGGACCAAAGCGAUGCCAACACUACUGGCCUGAGCACAGUCUAUUGCACCUUGCCAAGAAAAUCAUCCAGUUUUCUCAUCAAAAUCAGGCAGCCAGAGAGUAAGAUAAUGACUGCUUCAAUUAGGAAUGGACCUCUUCCAUUCCAGAUAAAAAAUUCUGUGGAAGAUACAGCUAGAAACAGUAUAUCUAACAAAGGCAAUCCCAGCUCUCCUGAGACAAUGAGUGAAUAUUCCCAGGUUGCUUCAGAUUUGGCAACAGAGACACCUGAAGCCACCAAGAGAAUGACAAGUAUGAAGGCCAUUAGAUCUGCUUCUGUUAGAAAAGGGCCACUCCCAUUCCUCGUCACGAGGGCCAUGUCAUGUCCUUCAGGGUUGCCAUGUACCUCAAUGGAAAGAAAUAGAAGUAAAAGGUCAUUGGUGUCCAACAUAGAUGCUUCUACUAUGACACCAGGGCCUUGGGAGAGAACUAUUAACCCUCUGGAAAGCGAUUCAGCUGUUAAAGAUUAUCUUUUAACCAAAAGACACCACCAAAAGGAAUGUUCUCAGGAAGGCACUGAAAAAGACAGGGAGACUUCAGCCUCUAAAACAAGCUUAUUUUCCCCUUCAAGUAAAGAUGGACCUUUUUGCACAGAUAUGUCUGGAAAAGAAAGUAGAAAAGCAUUACAUAAAUUUAAGACAACUAGUAUGUUUUCCGUUUCUGGUGAUAAGGACAAUGUAAAAUGUCUUGAAGUGGUUUCAGUAUAUUAUACUCUACCAAGGAAACCCAGCAAACAAUUUUGUAACCUCCUCCAACAGUAUGCACAAAACAUGGACUCACUUACAGAAUCUUUGCAAAUGGAGACCAAAACAAGUCCUAAUGCUUUAGAAGGAAAUGAAUUACACUGUUCUACCCAAGAACAGUCAGGAAUACCUUUAUCUGAGGAGCUAAAGAUGCAGGUUGACUCUGCUCACACCACUGAAAAUAAGGCCAACUUGCAAUUACCGGAUAAAGGGUCCUUCGAGCCUAUUUUAGAGGAAAUGGCUUCUGUUGGGACAGAUGAUUCUCUUCAAAAAGGAAAACCUAAAACUAGAGAAAAUUUCCCAGAUAAUAUAUCUAAAACACCUCUAGAUAAGAGGAGAAAAUUACACAGCUCAUUAACGCUUCAGGAAAAAAAUGUGACAGAAGAAAAAUCUGAAAACUGUCAACAAUUUGUUAAAGGAGAAAACAAGGGUCUUUCUGUUCUGUCAGACCAUUCAGAAGAUGAUGUUGAAAAUUCCCAAACCAGUAGUUCUGGAGAGCAUGCAGGUGGUGUAAGCAUUACAUCAACUGAAAGUGAAAGGUGUCUUCAGGAAGAUCAUGCAGCUGUGGUUGUAGGUGACAGCUCCAGUGGGUCACAUCCAAGGGGAGUCAAGGGCACAACUGAAACAGACUGCCCCAAACUUACUGAUAACAUGCUUUCUGACUCAGAAAGCCAAGCUUUUGGUCUGACUCAAGCCUUGCAUAAACUACAGCUUGUUGAGGAGGACCCUUCAGAUGAGGCAGAUUUACAGAGUUUGUGGUCUGAACCAAGAGAGUCACCUCAAGGGAGCUGUGAGGUAGAUGCAACAGCAAUUAGGAAGAUUGAAGAUGAGGUACAAGAGCUGGCAUGCAAUCAGACUUUACUUUCUGGCAGAAAUGAUGAAAACAAAACUAACUUAGAUGAGUUUGAACAAAGAGAAAACAGAUAUUCCAUUAAAUACAGAGUGACAGCUAUGUCUAAAGCAAACAGCAAAUUCCCAGCUAAGGAUAUAAGCCCCAGAAGACAUGUAGCUACUAUCUUCCCCCAAAGUGAAAGCAAAUGUGGCUUUGGCAAGUUAUCUCUUGGCAGACUGGAGUGCAACCCACUGUUUCCUGAACCUACUCCAAAGUCCAGAAAGUCCAAGGAUGAAAGUAGCCUCAGCAAUGAUGGGCUGGUCAUGGAGAAAUCUGAGAUCCCGCUCCAAGUUACUGUAAUAUCCAACAAAGAACCACUUAGUCAGUCCUUCCAUCAUAAGUCUAAUAACAUUUCACAAGUACAUCAAAAUGAGGUUAAGAAUGUCUCAGGGUCACCACCAAAGCAUGAGAGUUCUAAAGAUGUGACAGUAACUCAGAUUUUAGAGGAAUUAAGAACUCCAGCCCAGUUCUCUAACCUCAGGGAAAAAAAUUUCUCUGACCAUCAGUGGAGCCCUCUCUUUAUCCUGGAACCUACUCAGAAAUCUGUGGAAAACCUCUCACUGCCCAGUUGUCAGUCACAACAUGGGAGUGCUCCAUCGCCAGGGUGGGAACCUGAACCCCAGCUCUAUCGUUCAAAGAGUUUAAAAAGCAUCAAUGUGCAUGAUGAUCUGCUCCGCACAAGUCAUCCUCCUAAAGCUAGGGGGCGCCAUUUUUCUGAAACUACUUCUAUUGACAAUGCUUUCAGUCCUCUGCCAUUUGGGAACGACUGCUCUGACAGCAAUGGGAACAGUCGAAGAUUCAGUUCUUUUUCUGAGCUUCCUUCCUCUGAUGAAAAUUGGCCUCUGUAUAGCAAUAGGACAAAAACGGCUCCCAAGUCCACAUCAUCUAUAUCCAGACCUAUUGACUAUGGGAUUUUUGGUAAAGAACAACAAUUGGCUUUCUUGGAGAAUGUAAAGAGGUCACUCACACAGGGAAGAUUAUGGAAACCAAGUUUUCUCAAGAACCCUGGCUUCCUGAAAGAUGAGUUGCUUAAUCCCAGCAUGUCACAGCCAGAGUUAUUAAAGUCAAACUCUCCUCGCAGCCAGGUGCCAGAAGAUGUAUUUCCAAGUGAACCACUUAAUAUCUAUGAGGAGGAUCGAGGGCACUCGGACUGCGACACAGACACAACCACCGAUGAUGAGUACUACCUGGACGAAAAUGACAAAGAGUCAGAACUGUGAGACUUUCAGAAAGCUGUUUUCUGUGUCUAGCUUUUUAUUAGUGUUUAGGAGAAGACAGACAGAAAAGAUCUGGAUUGGACAGUGCCUGCAUAAAAACAACCCAUUCCUUUCUUCCCCACAUACCUGUAUUUUCCCCUAAAUUCUAAGAACAAUGAGUUAUCUUGAAGGCCUCUCUGCUACUUUCUUCCUUUAUUCUUUGCCUGCCUUCUCUCUUCCCUCAAUUUUAUUUCUAAGACUAAUUUUGGCUAUCCACUUUAUUUUUCCCUUCACUCUUUUUUACAUCUCUCAUUGUGAUUUAUGCUCAACAUUCCAGACACAUAUAAAAUUUAUUAAUUACCCAGCACAAUUACAAAACGGCAUUACCUCUUCCUGUCCACACCCUGUCUGUACUCAUGAUAUUAGAUAAACCGUAGGGACAGCAACUGUAGAACAAAUAUUAUCAUCCUGCUUAAUUCCUCAAAAUUAAGGAAGUUUUGGGGUGUUUUUCGUACUCAAACAAGACAGAGGAAUUUUCAUAAGGGUAGCAUUUUUCAUCCAUAGCGGAGCCUAGAGACACAAGUUUAUGGUACAUAGUGAGACUACAGUUGAGAACUGAUUCCUCCUUCAUGACCCUAGGAAUUCCUCUGAAAUAGUGUGUGAUGAUAAGCUGAAUUUUUUAAAAAAUUUUUAUUUAUUUAUUUGAGAGCAACAGACACAGAGAGAAAGACAGAUAGAGGAGAGAGAGAAUGGGUGUGCCAGGGCUUCCAGCCUCUGUAAACAAACUCCCAGA